AUGACGGAGUCGGAUGCCCCAGAGAGCGUAUCCAGUGACAGCUCAACGGUUAUCUCCACACCCAGUGUCGAUGAAUUCCGGCUGGAGACACGGGCAAACCAUUCUGCCGUCACGGGUAUGGCUUGCCGUGUUGCUGGUGCUGCGAACCCGAAAGAACUCUGGGAUGUGCUGGAGAAGCGAAAAGACCUCCAGCGUAAGAUGCCGGAGGAUCGCUACAACGUAGAUGCAUUCUUCCACCCACAAGGAGCCAACAAAGGAACGACGAACGCCCGAUAUGGUUACUUCUUGGAUCAAGGCCUCGACAAAUUCGAUGCCCAGUUCUUCAACAUCUCUGGAAAAGAAGCACAGGCAAUGGACCCCCAGCAGAGACUGUUAUUAGAAGUCGUGUACGAGGCGACUGAGGAUGCUGGGAUUACCCUCGAUGAACUCAGUGGAUCUCGGACCGGUGUUUUCGUUGGUUCAUUUACCAAUGAUUAUUCGGUGCAGGCACAGAGAAACCUUGAGCACUACCCCAAGUAUAGCAUCACGGGCCUUACAAAUUCGAUCCUCGCCAACCGGAUCUCCUUUUUCUUCAACCUCCACGGGCCUAGCUACCAGCUUGACACUGCCUGUUCAUCCUCAUUGACCUGUUUGCACUUGGCCAACCAGAGUCUGCAGAAUGGGGAGAGUGAUAUUGCUAUUGUAUGCGGGUCUGCUAUUCAUUUUGACCCGUAUAUGUAUAUCACCAUGACCGAUUUCGGCAUGCUGUCGACUGAUGGCCGCUGUCGUGCGUUUGAUGUCGACGGCUCUGGCUAUGUCCGCGGUGAAGGAAUUUGCGUUGUUGUCCUCAAGCGUGUUCGCGAUGCAGAAACCGGAGGUGAUUCGAUCAAGGCAAUCAUCCGUGGAAGUGGUAUCAAUCAUGAUGGCCACAAAGAGGGAUUGACAAUGCCUAACCCAAAGUCACAAGCUGCGUUGAUUCGAGAGACAUACAAGGCCGCUGGGCUAUCCACCGCCGACACUCAGUACUUCGAAGCACAUGGAACGGGUACUGCAGCCGGCGACCCUCGCGAGUCCAAUGCCAUCGGCUCUGUCUUUGGUCCUGAUCGGAUCAUGCCCUUGUACAUCGGCUCUCUCAAGACCAACCUGGGUCACCUGGAGGGAGCAUCCGGAAUUGCUAGCAUCAUUAAGACAACGCUAAUGCUGGAAAAGGGCAAGAUUGCCCCGAACUUGCUGUUCAAGAACCCCAACCCGCAGAUCGACUUUGAGCGCGGGAAGCUUAAGGUCGCCACGGAGAUGAUUGACUGGCCCGCCACCGAAGGCCCCCGACGAGCUAGUAUCAACUCCUUCGGAUUUGGUGGCAGCAAUGCACAUAUAAUUCUCGACGCCUACACGCCACUCCGGGAACCAGGAGCCGUAUCCACGGUUUCUGAUGACCAGAAGAAUCGCCCAUUCCUGCUUCCAUUGACCUCUCAUUCGGAAAAUGCAGGCCGUCGUUAUGUUAUCAACCUCGUCAAUCACUUGGCGAAGCGGCCUGAUACUGCAGUGGCUGAUUUGGCGUACAGCCACAGCGUUCGGCGCACAUUGCACACUUAUCGUUCUUUCGCUAUUGGACAGAAUCUGCCCGUACUCGUGGCCGAUCUGGCCUCCCCCAAGCCAGUGGCAUCUUGGACCCACAAAGCUACCACUCCUCCACGUCUUGGCUUCGUGUUCACCGGCCAAGGAGCGCAAUGGCACGCGAUGGGUCGCCAACUCAUCAACCAAUGUCCUCUAUUCCGCCAAACAUUGGAGAAGUGUGACCGAGUUUUGCAACGUCUGGUUGACGCUCCUCUCUGGUCCUGCGUUGAUGAACUCCUAAAACCAGCGGAGGAGUCACGCGUCAUGCAGAGCCAGUUUUCUCAGCCGCUGUGUACGGCGCUCCAGCUGGCACUGGUUGAUCUUCUUCGCUGCUGGGGCAUCAAACCAACAGCCGUUGUCGGCCACUCAUCAGGAGAAAUUGGGGCUGCCUACGCAGCAGGGAUUCUUUCAUUCCAGAAUGCCAUCACUUGUGCCUUUUACCGCGGACUCUACAUGUCGAAGGGAGUCGGGUCCGCAUCGGGAGCAAUGAUGGCCGUGGGAAUGAGAGAAUCAGAAGCCGCCACUGCCUUAGAGCCUUACAAGGGCCGUAUCGCAUUGGCUGCCAUCAACAGCUCGUCCAGUCUGACCCUUUCAGGGGACGAAAGUGCUAUUUUGGAACUGAAAGACACCCUUGAUGAGCAGAAGAUUUUCGCUCGCAGACUGCAAGUUGAACAGGCCUUCCAUUCCCACCACAUGUUCCCUCUGGCUUCAGGGUUCCGACAGGCUCUUUCCAAGACGUCCAGCUUCCAGCCCCGCGCGAGCAAGAUCCCAAUGUUCUCCAGUGUCACUGGUAGACCUUCAUCCGCUCGUGCCAUGGAUGCUGAAUAUUGGGCUGCCAACAUGACCGGUGUUGUGCAGUUCUCUGAUGCCCUGGUGGGUAUUUUGGUCGGUAACGACGAAGAGCCCGCCCUUGACGUAUUGGUGGAGAUCGGCCCCCACCCAGCGCUGAAAGGACCCUCGAAGCAAGUCAUGAAGGGACUGGGAAUUGACUUGCCAUACAUUGGCUCCCUCGACCGCAAGGUAGAUGCGUACGAGAGUUUGCUUUCAACUGCCGGGCAGCUCUUUGCGUUUGGGUAUGGUGUUGAUCUUGCCGCGGUGAAUGCUGGCCAUGCUCUGGAUCAUUUCGGAAAGCCACAGCAACACCAGGUCGGAAGAGCUUUAGAUGAUUUGCCCAGUUAUGCGUGGGAUCAUCAGAGCUACUGGUCAGAGACGAGAGUUGCCCAUGAGUAUCGACAACGCACAACCCGCCACGGAGUGCUGGGAGCGCUCGUGCCAGGUUCUCCUGCGACGCAUCGCCGUUGGCAGAGAUACCUGCGGCCGGUUGAGCUACCGUGGCUGAAGGAGCAUGCUAUCGAUGGAAAGAUCAUAUUCCCUGGUGCUGGAUACUUGUCCAUGGCCCUCGAGGCCAUCACCUCCGAUCUGGCGCCCGAAGCAGUGAAUGAGAUCAUCAUUCGGGAUGUCACCAUCAAGGCUGCGCUGUCUAUUUCCGACUCGGACUCCGGAACAGAGACAAUGCUAGACCUUGCGAUGCUCAAUGGAGAGCAGCAGACCCAGUCCACUCUUCCCUGGAGUCGGUUCACCAUAUACUCCUUCGAGGAUGGCAAGACCACGGAGCAUUGCACCGGUCUCAUUUCCGCGACCAUUCGGGACACUGCUCGGAGCACGCCAGACAAGAGCGAAGGGUGGGAGUCGCCGGACUCAUUUGCUGACUUGCAAGCACUCACCACUCGCUCGCAGGCCCCGUCGAAAUUCUACGACAGGCUGUAUAAUGUGGGUCUGCAGUAUGGUGACAACUUCCGUCUCAUGAGUGGCCCAAUCGAAAGCGGCCCCGGGUUUGCUAUCGCCCCCAUGGUAUACCGUCCCAGAAAUGUGACCACAGCCCCAGGCGAUGAGUGCAUCCUUCAUCCCAGUUUCUUUGACUGCACCCUGCACACUCUCUUCGCGGCGCUCGAGACUAACCUCCAGACGCCCUUGGAUGACUCUUACAUCCCCACAUCCAUCCAUACAGUCCGAGUGUCGGGCUCUCUCGUUCGAAGAAAGCACGCUAUGGAAGACCAGAAGUUCUGGGUUAAGGCGGAUAAUGAGCGACUAAGUCCCCGUGUCAGCAGGAGCGAUAUCUUCAUUCACGACCAAGAAUCUAAUACCGAGCUGGUCACAUUGAAGGGAUUGGAGGUUACAGGUCUAGGACUCGGAGACAAGAGCCGUGAGGAAGACAGAAACUUGUUCUUCCGAGUCAAGUGGCAGGAAGCCUUCAGUCUCCAAGGCAUUAUCGGCAAUGUCUCGCCAUUCUCUGACCUUGCUGAUCUACUCUGUCUUUAUGCACACCAAUUUCCGGCAACAAAGCUUCUCCAUGUCACACCAGGCUUGCUCCAGACUCAAAACUUGCUUACCCAUCUCGUGACCCCUACCAAUCGUCAGGUCCAGAGCAUUUCAGUGCUUGCCCCAGAUGAGACACAACCAGCCCUAGACGAGCAGCUGGAUGCUCUUUUCCCUGGUCUGCGGCAGCAGGUGGACUUGAGUGGUGGCCAAUAUGAUAUGGUCGUGCUGGAGGAGCGCACCGACGCAGAUGUGCUGUCUCUGGUAAAGGACCUUGGUUUCCUGGUGACGCUAACUGCCCCUGAAGAACAUACCGGUCUGCAGAAACGCUUCUCUGCCGGAAAAUGGACCGUUUGGCAGAGGGGUGGAGUGGAAGAGUCAAAGCACACCGUUGAUGAGAACCUGCAUCUGCUUCUUUCCUCCAAGGUAUCCAAUGAGACAUUGGCUAUUGUCUCUGCCAUUCGGUCUCGGAAUUCUAGUGUUCAGACGACCACUUUGGAAGCAGUCCCCAAGGAAGCUACGAAUAUCAUUUCGCUUGUCAGCUUGGAUGAGGAUGUUUUGUAUGAUGCUUCCUCGGAGUUUCCUACCCAGUUUGAUGCGGUGCGAACCCUGUUCACAGCCCAAGCACUGAAGGUUGUCUGGCUCCUAAGAGGUGCCACCCAAGAGCCUGUCCGCCCAGCGCAGGCACUUUUCACAGGUCUUGCCCGCGCGGCGCGCAGUGAGAACGAUGGUCUGCAUCUUGUGACAUUAGAUGUAACCGACCUGUCCGAUGCCGAAGCAAUUGGGGACUUGGCUACUCAUGUCCUCAAUCCUUCUGUGGGAGAGGAUGAGCUCCGUGUUAGCGAUAGCAAGGUCUUUAUUCCUCGCGUCAUCGCCGACGACCAGCUCAACCGCAAGUUGCCGAACGGCCCUAGUCGCCAGCCUGUUCAACAGACAUUUACCCAAGACAAGGUCCUGACUCUUGAAGUUCACCGCAAUCCAGGUCAAGCAGACUCAAUCCUCUAUGCGGAUGGCCAUGGCUUGAUCAACGAUGCGCUUGAUGACCAGGAAAUUGAGCUUCGCAUUUCUGCCUCGGCCAUUGGUCAUCGAGAUGCAGCCAUUGUGGCGGGAACCCUGCAUGACAGCCACCUGGGAGAGACAUCUGUUGGCACCGUCACCCGCAUCGGGGCCCGUGUGGACGGUUCGCUGGUUCGGGUUGGCGAUCGCGUAUUCGCAUACUCACCUCAAGGGGGCGCUCAUCGUUCGCUUCUCCGCUUGCCAGCCGAACUCACCUUUGCCAUCCCCGACCACAUCGGCGACACCGAUGCUGCUGCUCUUGGACACAACCUGUUGAUUGCGUACUAUAGUCUGCUUGAUGUCGCUCAUCUGCGGGCAGAUGAGCAGUGCCUGGUACUUGGUGGUAGUUCUGGUGUGGCUCAAGUUGCUGUGCAACUGGCACAAGCGGUCGGUGCCCGAGUGUUGACUGCUGACCCCACUUCCAAGGAGCGCAAGGCCGAUGUCAUUCUCCGUACCGAUGCUUCCACUCACUUCACACACGAACACUGGGAUCUCUUGGCAAAUGGUGGUCGAAUUGUCGAUUUGGCUGCCACCUCAGCCCCUUGGAACAGCGGCGUUCUGCUUCCUGGGGUUCACUAUACUGCAGUUGACCUGCCUGCAGCUAGCCGCCAGAACGACCGCUUGGGCCCUCAACUGGUCCAAAAUGUCUCCCAACUCCUUCAGCAGGAAAAAUUCUCUGUGCCCACCCCGGUGAAUGUCUUUGGAUAUGGAGAAGUUAUUCAAGCCUUCCGACACUCACGCACGGCUGCCGUCGAUGGUCAGCUGGUGCUGUUUGAACGCCCAGGCGAGCAAGUGGCGGUUGCACCGUCCACUUACAGCAGCAGUCGAGACUUAUUCCAUUCAGAUAAGGCCUACUUGAUCGUUGGGGGGCUAGGUGGCAUUGGCCGAGCUCUUUCUCAAUGGAUGUUCCGCCGUGGCGCGCGCCAAUUUGCCUUCCUCUCACGCUCAGGUGCCCGCAAGGUCGAGGCCCAAGAAACUGUCAACUGGCUCGAGCACCGAAAGGCAACGGUCUCUGUUUACUCUGGCGAUGUCACCUCCGAGAGGGAUGUUCGGGCCUGCAUCCAGGCCAUCGGAAACAGUCUCCGGGGAGUAAUCCAAGCCGCCAUGGUUCUUGAGAGCAGGCCACUCUCUGAGAUGACGGCUGCACAAUGGGCUGCGGUUAUUCGGCCGAAGGUCUAUGGGGCCGAGAACCUUCAUCAUGCGACCAAAGAGCUUCCCUUGGACUUCUUCAUCUGUUUCUCGUCCAUCUCCGCAAUCAUAGGGUUUAUGGCAGAGGCCAAUUACUCCGCUUCGAACGCUUAUCUCGAUGCUUUUGUCCGAUGGCGCCACGCACAAGGCCUGCCAGGCUUUGCGAUGAAUGUUGGAGUAGUUGCCGAUGCCGGUGCCAUCGCGGAGGAUGCACAUCUGCGGGCCAUCAUUGAUCGCAUCGGUAUGGAUGUCCUCACCGAGGAAGAGCUUUUCUAUCAAAUUGAAGAAGCCAUCGAUGGCCAGUUUGAAUUUUCCCAUUCACGGUUGGAUGGAUCAGCUGGAGAUCGCCAUCAGCUCCUCAGCGGUAUCAACACCCGUCGGACCGAUCUGUUCUGGUCCAAGAAGCCGCUCUUCCGCAACUUGUACGCCGGACGGAGCCAAAAGGUGACUGGCUCCGGAGACUCCGAGGAGCAGGACUUGUCAGAGCUAUUGCGACAGGCCGAGAAUGCAGAGGAAAUGCACCCUGUACUGCUAAAUGCUUUCUCCGAUCGCAUUGCUAGUUCCUUGGCUGUUCCCCGUUCCAUUGUCCAGGCCGGUGAGCCCCUCUCUGCAUACGGGAUGGAUUCACUCGUGGCGGUCGAGUUCCGCAAGUGGUUUUCCAAGGAGCUUGGGGUCAACCUUGCCUUGUUUGACAUAUUGGGGUCUAAGUCUACUGGUGACCUUGUAGCCAAGGUAUGCGGCCAACUAGUUGCCAGCGACUUCCUGAAGGGAUCCACUGAUACCAAAGCUGCUUCAAUGGAAAUGCCUUCAACGGUGAUAUCCACAAGGACUUCGGAUUCAAUCACCGUUGUAAACCCACGCCCCACUCAGAUCGCCAUGUCGACCUUCCAGCGUCGACUGUGGUUCAUGCAUAACCUAGUCGCUGACCGAGCCUCUCUCAAUGUUUCGGUCUCACUGAUCAUUAACGGGACACCCCAACUGUCUGUGUUGCAACAGGUUUGGCAGGAGCUUGCUCGUCGAAAUGAAAGUUUGCGCACCUCCUUCUUUGAAGGUGACGAUUUUGCAGAGCAAGAGAUCAUUGAGGACGGCCUGAUGCCAAUUGAACAGGCUGAUGUCAGCAACACACCAGCUCCCGAGGAUUCUCUUCGCUCCUUUGCGGCAGCUCUUCGCAAAAUCCCUCUGGAUAUUGAGAUUGGACAAGUGAUCCGUUCCGCGUUGGUUAAGUAUGAAGAGGCCAGGUAUGCUUGGGUUCUCAGCAUCCACCAUAUGGCCAUUGAUGGAGGUAGUAAGGUCUCGCUGAUGGAACAAAUCAGUUCCUUGUACAAUGCUAUUGCCAGUGGGGCCAGUCCGAAUACAGUCAACCGUCCCAAGCUGUCAUACGUUGACUUCACCUUAUGGCAUGAGGCGAAGCUGCAACUACCCCAAAUCCAGGAGGACCUGAAGUGGUGGCGUGAAACGCUAGCCGGUUCUCCUGCAGUGAGUAAGCUGUUGCCGUUUGCUCAGAACGACCGUCCCGCCAGUACCAGUCGCGAGCGUGAGAUCGUGCGGGACGAGGUCAGCAAGCAGCUGUUCAAGCGGAUGAAGCGCAUCUGCAGCCGUCUCGAGGUCACUCCUUUCCACUUUAUGAUGGCGGCUUUCCGGGCCUUCUUGCACCGAUAUACUGACGAGGAUGACCUGACAAUUUUGGUGGUGAGCGGUGAAAGACCCCAUACUGAACUCGAUCAAGUGCUUGGAUUCUUCGUCAACAUGGUCCCGCUUCGCUCCCAGAUCUCAGGAGACGAGACAUUUGAUGAACUAGUCACGCAAAUCAAGAUGCAAGCGGUGGACGCCCUGGCGCGAUCGCAGGCUCCAUUCGACGCUAUCGUAGGGGCUAUGGACAUUGGGUGGAGCCCAAGUCAGUUCCCUCUCAGCCAAAUCGCUGUCAACUACCAAAUGUAUGCCAAAACACCGACAUACUCUACAUUGGACUUUGAAAUCCCUGAAGUCCAAGUCGAGGACAUGCCCACUGCAUUUGAGAUGCAACUGGAGAUUGUCGAAGACGAGAAAGCUGGACUGAAGCUGCGUCUGGAGUUCGAUUCAUUCCUUUACGGAAAGCCAGACAUGGAGCGGCUCAUUCAGAAUUUUACCACAUUUAUUGCCAGUGUGGUUCAGGAUUAUCGCCAGCCAAUCGAGGAGGUCGAAAUGGUGGGCAAUAUGGAACUGGUGCAGCUGCGCUCGCAAUUCUGGGCCGAAGAGACCAGUGCUGGCUUGGAUGAAGGCCAAUCCCUCUGGGAAACAUUCGCUGUGAGCGCACGUAGCUACCCUGAGUCAACUGCCAUUACCACCUCUGGUGGGGAUUCCAUCACCUACAAAGGCCUCAUCGCUCGGGCGGAGCAGCUCGCAGCCACCCUCCAUAGCACAAGCAUCACUGCAGGCGACCGGGUGGGCAUCCUAGCUUGCGCGUCUGUUGAUGCCAUCGCGGCGAUGCUGGCCGUUUCACGUCUGAACGGUACUUAUGUGUCACUGGACCCUGAUUUUGCCGAGGCAAGACUUGUUCACAUGAUCCAGGACUCUUCCAGCGUGGUGGUACUUUUCGAUGGACCUUACGAAUCAUUGGUCGCCAAUAUCCAAGAAAAAACGACCGCGCGCUUUGUGUCCCUGCAAUCAUCAGACUCGAGGACCGAGUGGCUGCCCCCAGUGGAGCAACAACCGGACGACUAUGCCACAUACGUGACUUAUACAUCAGGCAGCACCGGGGCACCUAAAGGUGUCGUAGUCACUCACGAGAACACAAGGGCGAUGCUUGACAGCCACACUCGAGCUCAUUGCCUUGCACAUCAGGAUAUUGUGCUCAGUGCAACCUCCAUUUGCUUUGAUAUCUCGGUUCCUCAGAUCUGGGGACCUCUGACAACAGGAGCAACUCUAGCGCUGGCCCUUCGACCGACCCGGAAAGAUCCCAGUCAGCUGGCUCAGUUCAUGCGCACAGCUGGAGUCACACUGGCCUCCUACACGCCAACUCAAUUUGCACUAUUGAUCGAGCAUGGUCUUUCAUAUCUUCAACAAUGCACCGAGCUCAGAGCUAUCCUGCUGUUGGGAGAGAGCCUGCCAGCCCGGUUGAUCCAGGCGAUCUACGGCCUGGGCUUAUCCGCGACAGUUUACAAUGAAUAUGGACCAUCCGAGGCAACUUCGCAGGUCACCUCUUAUGCGGUGCCUCAGUCACUGAGUGCCGACUCUUCGGUGUCUAUUGGGCGUGCUCUACCCAACUCAACGUUAUAUGUUGUCGACUCGCGCUUGCGACCGGUCCCUGUUGGGGUUCGCGGUGAGCUCUGCAUUGGCGGUGGCCAAGUGAGUCCUGGGUACCUCGGGCACCCAAAACGGACGCAGCAAGCCUUCCUCAAGAACCCCUUUGCACAGGGUCUGUUCCGGGUUCGUGGAUGGACUCGAUUGUACCGAACAGGUGACAAAGCACGCCAGCUUGGGAACGGCACGAUCGAUUUUCUCGGGCGUAUCUCCGGCGACAAGCAGGUCAAGCUGCGUGGCUACCGUAUCGACCUUACUGAGAUUGAAAAUGAACUUGACAAACACUUCAGCGGCGAGAACGCUACCUUCCAUGCUCGUGCUGUCGUCCUGGCGCGUGGAGAUCAGUCACCGGACAGUCUGACUGACGAUCGUCAGCUGGUCGCGUUCUUGAUUCCCCGAGUGCCUGGACAAGGACAGAAGCACUAUCAGGAUGCCAUCAAUGCCGUCCACGAAUCCAUUGCCCAGUUGCUGAACAGCUACAUGUUGCCGAGCUCCUACCAGCUCUUGGACGUCUUACCAACUCUGGUCAGCGGUAAGAUUGAUCGGGCUGCGCUGGGUCGUAUCACUCUCGAGCCUGUGUUCCCAGGCACGACAACUACGACAGCCGACAUCACUCCUGCCAAUACACCUUCUAGUGAAACCCUGGAUACUGUUCUCAGCGCCUUCCGAUCAGUCCUCAAGCUUGGACAAGACCGAGAGAUCAAAAUCACAGACACAUUCUUCGAGCUCGGGGGCCAAAGCGUCCUCGCACUUCGGCUUCAAGGGAUUCUGAAGCGCAAGUUGAAGCGGGAAAUCACGCUCCUGCAAUUAUUUGAGAACCCAAGCCCUGCGAAGCUUUCCGCAUUACUCGACUCCAGAGCAAGCCCGGCGGGUGGGAGUGUCGCUAAAUCAAGUGGCGAUCUCGAUUCCAUUGAUUGGGAUCGUGAAAUCAGUCUACCAGAUGAUCAUCAACACCGUCCUCCGAUUCGAACGAUUCCAAAGAAUGACCAGAGAACGACGGGUAUCCUUCUCCUAGGUGGCGACUCCUUUAUCGGCGUCUUCUUGCUAAAAGCGCUACUUACAACGUACCCUGGCGCCACAAUUUAUGUUCUCGGUACUGAACGUCCGUUGGACUCCCAUGGACUGCUACAGCUGUUCCAGGAGAAUCAGCUCUUGGACGCUAGUGUGACGCCAGAGUGGUUGCUCAACCGUGCACGCCCUGUUGCUGGGUCUAUGGUCCAAUCCGACUUUGGCUUAAAGCAAGACGAAUUCCGCGCUCUGGGUGGAAAGGUCCAGGAGGUUUUCCACACUGGUGGCCAUGUAUCUCUGCUGCAGACUUAUUCCGGCCUCCGCCAAUGCAAUGUGAAAAGCGUGUCUUCCAUGAUUCGCCUUGCUGCCCUGGGUGCUGGCCCGGGGGUCACUGCUCUCCACUAUGUCUCGACGUGGAGUGCGGUCCACAUGCAAAGCUGGACGACUUCGACCCUCAAAACAGGAGUUGUGACCAAUCGUGAGGACAGCCUGGGCUCUUUCGUACCGGCCAAUUCCAACACUUCGGGCUACUUCAAGACCCGUUGGGUGGGUGAACAGCUGCUUGAGACCGCUUCUCGGCGCGGAUUCCCGACAAAGAUUUAUCGAUGUUCGGGUCACACCGCGCCAUUGACCUCGUCGGUUUCGACUCCUCGGGAGAACUUUACCCUCAACCUGUUUUUGGGUAUGAUCCGGGCAGGAGUCGUGCCUGACAUCGCCCCUGCUAGUAUCGGUCUCGGUGCAACGGUCAAUCUAAUGCCGAUUGACUAUGUCAUGGACACGAUUGCCCAGCUAGCGACCCACUCAACUACUAGUGAAGAGAUCCAGCGGUUCCACAUCAAUAACCCUGUUCCGCUGUUAUGGACGCAGCUGCCCACGGUCAUCGGCCAAGUCCGUGAUGACGGCCAGCCAGGCACCCUUGUUGACGUUGACACUUGGACACGGUGCAUGCUCGAGCAUGCGGUCACAGAACAGGAGCGCUUGGAGUGGUCGACUUUCAAGGAGUAUUUGAGCCUCGGCCAUGUGAUGUUUGCGCUGGAUGAGACCAACACUCGCGCCGCAUUGGCAGGCCAUGGCAGAAACCGAGUGGACUGUCCUCCUGUUGACGCGAAGUACCUGCAGCAUCUCAAGCUGAAGCAGGCUCAAUCCAGCUAG